UGCAGCAUAGUCAGUAAAAAAUAUGGUGACAAUUUGGUAACUCAACCAAAUUUUCUGUAAUCAGAGAACAAUGUACCAAACAAACUUAAUAAUAAUGGACAAAAGUGAGUAAAUAGUGCAACGGCAUUUGUCACAUCACUCCUCUUAUUAGAGCUACAUGAUACACACAUAUAUAGAGAAUUAUAGAUUAAAAAACCAGUGAGGAACACUUUACUUUGUGCAACUGUUUUUCUAGCUGGACGCCUUUUCUUCUCCUGGAAACUACUGUGUUUUGUUUCAUGCAAGGAUUUGUUCUGAGGUACCUCCCAAAAGACUUCAUUCUUAUGGGUGAGGUUUACAGUCCUAAGAAUACGUAUAUGGGCAUUCAGUUCGUUUUGGUUGCAACCCAGAAUAUUCAUUCCCACAUGACUCGGCAAACCCUUUGUUUUCUGCUCUGAGCUUCUUCUCUAUGCAUUUUAUGUUAUUACUUUAGCCAAGUACGGUUAGUUGAGAGCUAUGUCAAAAAAGAACAACUGGCUUACAAGCAUUUUGAAGAGAUUUUUCAUUUCAGAGGCAGAAUUCAGACCUGAAAAGGGGAAGAGAAAGAGAUGGAUACUAGGGUUGUUCUCAGAACGGAGUAAAAAAGAAGCGGCUUCAACAAGUACUGACAAUCAGCAUAAGCAGCGGCAGCAGGAGGAUGAAGUCCCAGAUUUAUUCGAGCUCAGAAUCCUGGCUGCCAUUAAAAUCCAGACUGCUUUUCGUGGUUAUCUCGGAAGAAAAGCUUUGCGGGCGAUGAAAGGAAUAGUAAGGCUUCAAGCUAUGGUUCGAGGCCAAGCUGUUCGACGCCAAGCUGUUUUGACCCUCCAACGCUUGCAAUCGGUCGUAGACAUCCAAUCACAAGUCCGCGAAAGAGGCUACAUCAUCACAAACAUUUCAAAUGAGAAGGACAUUAAGAUAGAUUUGAACAGCAGCCACAAAAUGUGGGACUACAGAGCUGUGUCAAAGGAAGAUGCAAAUACCAUGUCCCUAAGCAAGAGGGAGGCCUCCUUCAAGAGAGAACGUAUAAAGGAGUACUGGUUAUGUCAUCGGAAGUCAACUUCAGAGUCGGAAAAAA